AUGUCCGAUCAACGAAUAUUUUCAAAGUAUAGAGCGUACGAGAUUCGAAAUGAACUUCAGCAGAGCCAUUCAAAAAAACAUCGAGCUUCUGCCACUAAGCGAAAGAACGCAUUGAAAAAGAUCGUAGCCAACAUCACCUUGGGAUACUCCUCGGAGAUGGCUCUUCUAUUCCCAGAGAUACUGCAAUUUUGGCCAAUCGAAGAUGAUUUCGAGGUAAAGCGAAUAUGCCACAAUUUUGUUGCUGCAAUGGCCGCUACAAAAUCGUCACACCUCGAAGAGGCAUUGCCAUUGAUUAUAGGCGACUUUAAAUCGGGAUCCGAGCCUCUUCAAGUGCUGGCACUUCGAACGCUGUCUUCGGUUCCCAUAACUUCGUAUCUUGACGAAUGUCUCAAGUCUUCCUACGCGUUACUGCAUUCAAACUCAGAAUCAGAACAAUUGAAGAAAACCGCUAUCUAUGCUGUGCUCAAUGUCAUACAGAUGGAUAGUAAGAAUGCCUUCAUGGUAACACAAUUAUUUUUUCAAAUUUUGAACAAUUACAAGGAGCGUCCUAGCGUUCGUGCGAACGCCCUGUACGCCCUGGACCAGGCCCAGGAGAGAAACGCGGACCCUCACUCAUCUUUUCUAUCGAUUGAAACGUGCAUCGAAUUGUUGGAGCUAUUGCCUCAACUAAAUGAAUGGGAUAGCGCGCGACUUUUAGAUUGUCUUACCGGAAAUUAUUUACCUGUCGCCCACUCGGAUGCUCACCUUUUAAUAGAAAAGACCCUUCCCCAGUUACAGCACGUUAAUACUUCGGUUGUUUUGAACGCAUUCAAAUUUGUUAUCUAUUUGACGAAUUACGUCGAUUUUCUAAAAGAUGGGCUCAUUAAACAACUUUCAGGGUCAGUUAUGUCCUUGCUCAACAAGCCACCCGAGCUUGAAUUUUUGGUACUACGGAAUAUUAUUUUGCUACUGCUAGGUAGGGAGAAACCGAUUAUUAAUGUAGACGUCUCGUACUUUUUUGUCGAGUUUGCUGACCCCAUCUACAUCAAGGACACCAAGUUAGAAGUUCUUUACUUGUUGGCCAAAGACGACAACCUUCCCCAAAUUUUACAAGAAUUAAAGGAGUACGCCACCGAUAUAGAUAUACAAAUGUCUCGGAAGGCGAUCAGGGCCGUAGGGAAUCUUGCUGUCAAGCUUGAACAGUCGGCAGACGAUUGUGUUAGCCUACUGCUUGACCUUUUAGAUUUUGAGGUUGAAUACAUUAUUCAAGAAAUUGUUUCUGUUUUCAAAAACGUUCUUAGAAGGUAUCCGGGAAAAUAUGCACAUUGUGUUUCUAAACUGGUUUGCUUCAUUGAUUCGCUACAGGAGCCCGAAUCAAGAGGCGCAAUGAUAUGGAUAAUAAACCAAUAUUUGGAACAUCUGCCCAAUUAUCUUGAACUGAUCAAGAACUUCACGGACAGCUUUCCAGAUGAAGCCCUGGAAGUUCAGUUUAUUAUACUAAGCUCUGUGGUCAAACUUUUCACCAAAAUUCCAAUGCCAGCUACAGAGAAAAUCUGUAUUGAUGUUCUAAAAGCUUCAACUGAAAAGCUCGACAGCCCUGAUUUGCGAGAUAGGGCUUUCAUGUACUGGAGGCUUCUGUCUAUCUCUCAACAGCAGCAAAGGAGCUCGAUAGACAUGGAAGCAAUCCGAGAGAUUAUCGAUGGUACCCUACCUGCCAUUGCUCUCAAUUCGAGUCUAGAUCCUCAAAUUGUUGAAGAAUUAGAGCUGAAUAUAGGGACGAUAGCCUCGAUAUAUUUGAAGCCAGUGGCACAGGUAUUUAGACUGAACAAGACCCGACGCUUGGCGAGAACUGCCGCCUUCAACUGUCACCGAGAAAAAUUAGACAUUAUCAGCGACAGCUCUCUGACGAACUCUCCUGCUUCGACAGGAUUAAUUCACCAGUCAUUGAACCGUAGAGACUCAAGCUCCCCCGUAAAAAAAAUGAACGAUUAUGAUAGACCUGCCGAAACCAUAAAUCAAUUGAAGAGUAAGAGAAAGAGCAGCAGUCCCGCACUCAGCUUGUCCAGAAAGCCCUCGUUAUUGGCUAGGAGGCUUUCUAUUCGAAGGCCUUUUCCUUAG